AAGUUCCCGUAAUCUGGGUAAUUUCAAUUAUAACACAGGACAGCUCGUUGUUCGAUUCAUGCUUCUAAAUCCCCCUAUCGAAGAAAAGUCUAAAGUCGCUAAAAGUUUCAGUCCAUUAUAUUAUUAUUCGUUCCACCCACCCCAUUCUAUCUAAGCCCGACCUGAAACGCAUUUUACGACAAUGACCUAUCCUCCGCCUAGCUCUGACGUCUUGGCACGGAAAAUCUCUGGUCUCGUACUUCGCACGUCCACACGUCUCUGCAUCCCCACAGCCACGCCAUUAAAAGUACACUUUGAAUUCCUCUUACGAAACCAUCCCUGGAUAGACAUAUCCAACACAAUAUGUACCCAGGCUCUGGUAACCAACAGUACGGCAAUCAACAGUACGGCGACCAGCAGUACAACAAUCAACAGUACGGCAACCAGCAGUAUAACAACCAGCAGGGUUACUAUCGGCCGCCUUCCGGACCGCCGUCAAACUUUCAUAGACCACCAGGACCACCACAGCAGUACCAGAACGGGUAUCAGCAGAAUGGCUAUUCCAGACCCAGUGUCCCGCCGCCUAGCCAGUACCUGGACCAGGGCCAGGACCAGUCCCGGGACCGUUCAUAUCAACGCCCUAUGGCUCCGCCACCCCUGACACCGCAGUCAUUUGGUUAUGGGACUAACAACACCUUCCUGUAUUCCACAUGUCAAGGGCGUAAAAAGGCGCUCCUCGUGGGGAUCAACUACGCUGGGUCGAAAAACGCGUUGCGUGGCUGCAUCAACGAUGUCAAGAACAUGUCAAACUUCCUCGUUUCCCAUUAUGGCUAUAAGUACGAGGACAUGGUAAUCCUCACCGACGAUCAAAACCAGAUGAAUCGAAUCCCGUUGAAGGAGAACAUCAUCCGCGCUAUGCAGUGGUUGGUGAAGGACGCCAGACCGAACGAUUCGCUCUUCUUCCACUAUUCGGGCCACGGGGGCCAAACUAAGGACUUGGACGGGGAUGAGGAGGACGGAAUGGAUGAUGUUAUCUAUCCACUCGACUUCCAGACCAACGGCCCGAUUAUUGACGACUUGAUGCAUGACGUCAUGGUGAAACCUUUGCCGCAGGGGUGCCGUCUCACGGCAUUGUACGACUCUUGCCAUUCGGGGACCGCGUUGGACUUGCCAUUUGUCUACUCCACCAAGGGGGUGGUCAAGGAGCCCAACAUGAUGAAGGAUGCCGGGAUGGGCGCACUAAAUGCUGUGUUGAGCUAUACCCAGGGGAACAUUGGUGGGGCUAUUUCCGCCCUCGGAGGCAUCGCCAAACGUGUCUCGCGCGGUGGGAGCUCUAACAGAGACCAAGUGAUCCGCAUGAAAAUGUCACCCGCGGAUGUGGUGUCUAUUUCUGGCUGCAAGGAUGACCAGACAUCUGCGGAUGCGAAUGAGAACGGGAUGGCCACCGGCGCCAUGAGCUGGUCGUUCAUCCAAACCUUGUCGCAGCAGCCACAGCAGAGCUAUUUGGCGUUAUUGAACAACAUGAGAGGCAUCUUGGCUCCGAAGUACUCCCAGAAGCCGCAGUUGAGUUCGUCCCAUCCGAUGGACAUGAACAUUCAGUUUAUCAUGUAGAGAGUGAGAGUUAAGGUGUAUAAGAUUAACACGCGUUUAAUUGUGUACAUAAGAGUAUAAAAUAAAGAGUAUUAAAGUAUGUAUUGGGCUCGGUCUGCGUUGCGAUUCAAGAUCCUUGCUAGCGCAAUGUUUUGUUAACGACAUUCCCGUGUUUCCGGCUGACCAGAGAAGGUUAUGAUUUGUGCUAGGUGCAUUCAUAUUAUGAAACGUAUAACAAUACGGUAGAUGAUUAACAUAUGC